AUGGAGGGGAAGGAGGCAGUGGGAAUGGCGAGCGACUUCGAGCCCGCGAGAGGCCAUACGGUUGACGGCAUCUGCUAUUUCGAAGUGGACGCGCAGGACUUUCAGCCCCACACGCAGGGGUCACUGACGCUCUCGGGAGUGACGAGCGACUUGGAAUCGAGUGGAGAGGCAAGGAGGCGAACAUGGGCAGGAACCGUCAAGGUAGCAUGUUUGCCAUCCAACGGAGCUGCCCGCAUGCUCGAGCUGCCUUGUCCGAAGGAGACAUCGAGGUAUGGCAGCGAUGGCAUUCUCCGCGACCUGAACGCUUCGCCCCUCCCAGGGCCCUUCCUGUCAUGCCCCGCGCACUCCUUCAUCUUCGACCUUGCCACCGGGUCAUGUCUCUCAGAGCCGAGGUCCAGAUGCGGCCCUGCACGCGUGUACGAUGUCUCAGCUGACGAGGAGGGGAGGAUCUACGUCUCUAUCGCCCCCAAGGAGCCCCGCGAUCCCAGCAUAGCACGGGAGAGAGUCAACGAAGUCCAGCUGCGCCUGAUGGAGCGAGGGUUGGAAGCAUGA